UGUCAGGUGGCGCUGCUAUGGAAAGAUGCGAUCAGAAAGCUGACGAAUGGAAGCUGUUGCUGAGUGGUCAUUUCGGUAAUAGUGGCUAAAACAAACAUAGCGCGAUAUCAACCCUCCAUAUACGGUCUCCUUUCGUUUGGGGGGGUAACCAACUGCGUAUGCACCGAACAAAUACGUUUAAAGAAAUGUUCAUGCUGUAGCAAUACAACGCAGACUUUCCUCGGCGUUUUCAGCUCGAGAGCUCUAGCAUGUCUAAGCGGCGCUCUUUGGAGAGGGGGGCCGGAGAGACUUCAGGCAGGGCCAGCAAGCUCCUCUGUCCUGGAAUCGCUGGAAGCAACGCGAAGAGGGCAGGUCCCUUUAUUCUGGGGCCUCGUUUGGGGAACUCGCCCGUGCCAAGUAUAGUGCAGUGUCUGGCCAGGAAGGAUGGGACAGAUGACUUCUACCAGCUAAAAAUCUUGACGCUGGAGGAGCGGGCAGACGCGGCCGCAGAGACCCAGGAAGAGAGGCAGGGGAAGAUGCUGCUGCACACCGAGUACUCCCUCCUCUCGCUGCUCCAUAACCAGGACGGAGUGGUGCACCACCAUGGCCUGUUCCAGGACCGGGCGUACGAGAUUGUAGAGGACCCGGAGGCCAACAAUGGUAAGGUACGCCGGAUGAAGAAGCGGAUCUGCCUGGUGCUGGACUGCCUCUGUGCGCACGACUUCAGUGACAAGACUGCGGACCUCAUCAACCUGCAGCACUACGUCAUCAAGGAGAAGCGGCUGAGCGAGCGCGAGGCCAUCAUCAUUUUCUACGACGUGGUGCGCGUGGUGGAGGCCCUGCACAAGAAAAACAUUGUGCACCGAGACCUGAAGCUUGGAAACAUGGUGCUCAACAAACGGACUCACCGGAUUACCAUCACCAACUUUUGCCUGGGCAAGCACCUGGUGAGCGAGGACGACCUGCUGAAGGACCAGCGAGGAAGUCCAGCCUACAUCAGCCCUGACGUACUGAGUGGCCGGCCGUACCACGGUAAGCCCAGUGAUAUGUGGGCCCUUGGAGUGGUGCUGUUCACCAUGCUCUACGGCCAGUUCCCCUUCUACGACAGCAUACCUCAGGAGCUAUUCCGUAAGAUCAAGGCUGCAGAGUACUCCAUCCCAGAGGACGGGCGUGUGUCGGAGAACACUGUGUGUCUUAUACGGAAGCUGCUGGUGCUGGACCCCCAGCAGAGGCUGACCGCCGUCGAGGUCCUGGAGUCUCUCAGCGGCAUUAUUGCCUCGUGGCAGUCAGUAUCCUCUUUGACCGGACCACUUCAGGUUGUACCGGACAUCGAUGACCAGGUCAGCCACCCAGAGCAUCUCCAGGAGGUGAAAAUGACAGAGGAGUCAUCGCAGUACGAGUUUGAGAACUACAUGCGCCAGCAGCUGCUUCUGGCCGAGGAGAAGAACACUAUCCACGAGGCCAAGGCCAGCUUCCUCACCAAGCGCCAGUUCGGCGCCAUCCCUCCCGUGCGGCGCCUGGGCCACGACGCCACGCCCGUCAGCCCUCUGGACGCUGCCAUCCUGGCCCAGCGCUUUCUCCGGAAGUAGCCCCUUCAUCCAUCGCCUUGACAAGUGGAGUGAGGGACACAUAAGGGUUGGGUUGGGAAGGUACCCUAAAACUGAGAAUAUCUGUGGGAGCUUAGCCCCAGCUCGACCCUCCCUUGGGUAGAGAGGCCCCUAGCUGUGUUGAGUUAGGUGGGGUGGGUGGGGGGGGGGGCACCAGAACUGAUCACUCACCUGACAACCUCUCAUAGUUUUCACACUUCAUGUCUGGGUGUUGGCAGUGUGCACAGGAAUGGCAAGGCUGGAGAAUCUGAAGAUCUGAACCAAAGGCUCCCACUGACCCCCCACCACCACUGAUCUUAGCACACGGUUGUCUCAGCCAGCAAUGGGCACAUAUGGAGUCUUACAGGCCAGGGGGAUACCACACACGGUUGCGUGUGUGUUUGGACAUGAAAAGCUCCACCAUUGUGUCCCUCUGCUGAGAUCUGGACAUCGCCCUCCUACCUACCCCCCAUUUGUUCUUGAUAACCCUGAGCAAUACAGGGCCAAAAGAACCAUGUAGCAACCUUCCUCUAACCUCCCUCAACUCUCCAAACUGGGAUCACUUGAUCAUGGACGUCACUCACGCGCCCGCCCGCUCCGCUCUCUUUAGUGUCCUCAUAACCAAAAUGAUCUGGACUAGUCCUGUCUCUAAACUACGACUUCAAAUCUACCUCUCUCAAUCUUUUUAUUUUUCAUUCUUUUUUUUUUUCUUUCCAUGUGUCCAUUUUUCACCAUGUCCACCAUUCUCAAAAAACAAGGAAUUGUCGGGGUAGGGUUGUCACCGUAGACAGAAAGCAUUACUAGGUUUUGGUGCGUAAAGGUUUGGAAUAUGAAUAAGCUUUUUUCCUUAUGAGUAAUAAGUAGCAUUUUACCCUUCUAUCUAUUCUACAUUGAAGUUGCUAACUAUAGUUAGUUGCCAAAACGCCAACUUCUAUCUGUAAGUCUAGCCGAUUGCAUUGUUUUCUUGCUUUCGCUCACACCCUGUGGAACCAUUUUUUUUUUUUUUUUUGCCUUUAGGUGUCUAGUGUCAAAUACCUGGAGGUUGUGAUGCCAAGAGCUGGAUGGGGGAUGUUUUAUUAGACAUUUAUUAGAUGUUUAAGGUUGAUCCUCUCUUGUUAUUGCUGUUGUGUGAUACCUCCCCCUCGUUCAUCACUGAACAACUUCCAGGUAUUCAACUUCCCAUUUAUCCUGUGUGACAUCAUCAUUGUGGGACAAGUAUUGGGCAUGAAUGUGAAUGAAUGGUAAUGCCAGUGAUUGUCAGUGUGUAGAUAAGUGUGAUUUGGGCCCAGGGGUGUAUUAGACAAAGCCAGGUCCUUUUCAGUGGUAGGUGCAGACUAGAGCCACGUUAUUUAAGCCCAGUGAGUCAGUGCACACCCUUAAACUAGCCAUCCUCUCAAUCGCUUUAUCUUGCCUGCCUCAGUUGCUUGCACACACUGAGAAUAUAUAGGCUUUUGUAAGACUGGCUAGACUGAAUGUGUCUGCUAUGAAAGAUGGGCAUCCCUCAUGUUGGCCCUGUCUUCGUCGUGAAUGCUCUAGUGCUUAGCAACGUCUUAAGUUUAAAAUCAAACAAAACCGUAAUGAUCACAGUAGCUCACAAGCCCUUUUAGCUGUUUGUAAGUGAUAUUGUAGUAGCUGAUCAUGAAAGACUUACUAUGAUGUUGAUAAUGAUAAUUGAAUAGAUAGUGUAAUAUUUCAGAGAAACUCUCAACAAUGAGGUCGCGUCUCCAUCACUCGGUCGCGUCUCCAUCACUCGGUCGCGUCUCCAUCACUCGGUCGCGUCUCCAUCACUCGGUCGCGUCAUGCCAUUGUUAUGCACUUUCUCAAGCCUCCCUCUGCUCGCGGCGCCAUAGUGGUGCCAAACGUCGCGAUCAAUCUUAUCAUUCUGCACAGAGGCUGUAUCGUCUAAAUUACACCAGUGUCCUGGAAAUAAGGUGACAUUGCUAUAGUUGGUAGAUAUUUAGUAGGAAACAACUUUGCCAUUGUCGUCAAAUUUAAUUUAGGCAGAUGGCAAUGUCAUAAGUUAGCAAAGUUUGUCCAAAAAAGCUAGCAAUGUUGCUAAGCUACUAACUCGUGAACAAUAUUAGGCAUCUGUUCACAUAAGCUUGCCCAUCUUUAUGGGUAUCCGCAUUGCUUAGACCUUCACCCUAUUUAUAUCCAAAUUGAUCACAUGGGUAGAAACUUGAGUCAGUUUCCUCCUAUUUCAUUGUAUAUUGUCUUUUUCCUCAAUUUCAUGUAUGUUGAUUUUGUUAUUUAUUCACUGUCGAUUUUCAGGCAUCAAAUCUCUGCCAUUUUAGCUUAAAGCAAGAAGUGUUCUGGUUCCAUUUGUUUCUCCAAACAUUCAAACUUGAGCCGCCAUUGCAGUUUUUUCCCUCUAAAGAUCUUUUUAUUAUUUUUUACCAUUGCCACACACUCGUGGUCAAUUUAAGCUACACUAAUAAUGAGACUGACUGCAUAGUUCUAUUUUUUACACAGAAAAUAAUCGCACAUUAUAAUGAUUUAUGGUAGUGAUGUUCUGUUUAUUAGCCUGGUCACAGUUCUGUUUGUGCGGUCUUGCCAACUGUUGCCUUGACAGUGACAAACAGAUCUGGGACCAGGCCAACUGUUUAUCGCCCCAUACCAGACUUUUGGUCAGUAUGUAAAUAUAAUACCAUCAUGACAGCGACAACACCAGUAGAGCUUCCAUCUCGUGGAAUGAUCCCAGCUCUGAUCAGGGGUACAUUCAGUGAGGUGAAAUGUUGCAGAUAGCAAUGUGUUGAAUAGAACUGACAUUCUGAAUUCAACAUGACAGGAAAUCAUAUCUUAAUUUCUAUCUGAACGUUUUGUAACAUUGCACCCUCCUGAACAGCCCCGCUUUAACACAAAUUAGAUAUAGACAUACAUUAGAGGCAAUACUAGCCACCCCAUUUGGAUUUUGAGGGAUGUUAGCUUUUUUCCCCCACCUCAAUGUGAAUUUCUGGGUAUAAAAGCAGUAUUGUAGUUGAUAGUGUGUCAGUAGUUCAUGAGAAAAAGGUAUUUUGUGAACACCACAGCCCUUGUUGAAGGCAAAUUUGUCAUCCCAUCUUACUUGAGGGUGACCAUAACCCACUAUUUUAUAUAAAUAUGUAGGUUUAUUAGAUAAAACCCUUGAUAGUAAUGUAUUAUCUGUAGCAUUAUCAAGAUGGUGUUCACAUUUAGCUGUUGGAAUUGUCCCAUUUGAUGUCUAUGAAAGUUGUCUCCUUCAGACAGUCUGUGGACUGAAAGCACCAUACGAAGCAUGAUGUUGAGCUCUUUGUGAAAUGCGAUUUUUAUUUUUUGCAUGAAUUUUUUACUUGCAAGGUGGUCCCACAAUAUAAUUCCCUGAAAUCCACCAACCAGGAAGAAUUGGGAAUUUGAGUCUUAAGGGGAAAAACCUAAUGUUUUUCAUAACUACAACCGAUUUUCAUUUAAUGAACAUUCAACAUAAUUUUUCAUUUUUACCAUAAUUCUAAAAUGGAGGAAAUGUCUGUCAGUUUAAUGAUGUAUUUGAUUUGCUGAAUAUUUUAACUGGAAAAUAGAUUAUGGUGUAUGAUAUGUGGUGGUAAAAAUGGUUGACAACCAGCAGGAUUUGUAGUAAACUGCUUGGUUGGAUAUGGGCAUCUAAUACAAAAACCUGGCUAAUUGUACAGAGAUGGAAGAAGAAAAAGAAAAAAAGUUUGUAUAAAAGACAUAUUUUUGUACUUCAUCAAAUCUCUACAUGCAUGUCAGCAAUAAACUUUGAUAUGGAAACAUU